CCCUUCCUUUUACUUUCUUAAUUAUCGUUUUGUUUCAGUUUAUUCGAAUUCCGUUAUGAGUUUCUUGCAAAUUCAACACCUAUUGUUGUCAUACCCUUGUUAGUAUUUCGUUGAAUAAUUAAGGAGAUUUUAAAUAGUUAGUAAUGAAGAUUUAGGAAUUAUAAAACCAUAUUAUUUAAAUUAAGAAAUAAAAUACUAUCAAGAAUUAUAAAGGGAAAAAUAAUUUUGGGCUCAAAUCAUAGUUAUUAAAGGCGUUAGGCGCACUCAAGGUGCAUAGGUCUCGCCUGGGGCCAAGGCGCAAGGCGCAAAAAAGCGCGGGCCUGAGAAAAAAAAGCGUACAACAAAAAAACUAAAAUAUUUUUAUAUAUUAGAAAAUUAAUACUAUUCUUCAAAAAAAUGAAACUAAAGCUAUCAUAUAACAUUUAAUAUUGUCUAUUUAGUACCAAAAGUUAUAAAAUGCUAGUUUAUUAGUGUAGAAAAAUAGUUUCCGUUGGAUAAAAGUAGAAAUCUAGCUGGAAUCUUGCCAGAAUUUAGAGAAUUUGGCCGGAAACUCUCCAAAAUCUAGGAAUCUCGUUAGAAUAUGCGCAUGAACCAUCACUCGGAGAAUUAAACCGCAAUUGUCUUGACUUAAGGCGCAAUUGCCUCGCCUUGCUAGGAAAUUGGGCCUAAGCGCAAGAGGCGAUGGCUUUUAACAACUGUGGCUCAUAUAAUUGUGACUUGUGCUAACCCAGUUGCUUAUUUAUUAGGUAUAUAUUUGGUGUAAUGUUGAAAGAAUAACAUGUUUUGUGAAGGAGUAUGUAUGAUGACUCUGAAGCUUCCUCACUAAUUGGAUGCAGUUUUAAGGGUGCUUUUUUUUAACUAUAACUAGAUUCUUGUGGGUCCUGUAGAGAAAAUCAAGAAGGAAACGCACAGAAGCUAUUAAAGAAACCGGGGCCAGGCUGGAGUGGUGGAGCACGGAACCCGAGCUUUCUAUGGCUGAAUAUGACAUGUUUGGCUUAAUCCCUGGUGAGGAUAAGCUAUUCGCAAACGCCAUUCUUUUGCGGCUCGCUGACACGUUUGUGUCAGGUGACAAACACACCAAACUUUGUGUCGUAAAGAUGUUCUUGUCUGAGUUGAAGCACAGGAAAACUAAAAGUUCCAAUAGGAACAGCAAAGGUUUUUUCUCGAAGCAUAAUAUACCAAACCACUUGGAACUAUUGAGGAGAAUAAAGUUGUGUUUCAACUCUGGUGACGAGGAAGUUAGAGCGAUGUCAUUAGUACUUUUUGGCUGCUGGUCUGAUUUUUCUAAAGAUAAUGCGGAGAUUCGAUAUCUGGUGUUUUCUUGUAUUGUAUCAUGCCGUGUUCUAGAGGUCAAGGCCUCAUUAUUUGCGGCUGGAUGCUUUUGUGAGUUUUCCGAUGACUUUGCGUGUGUAUUCCUCGAGAUGUUAGUAAAAGUGGUUUCGUGUUCUGACAUGCCAUUUUCCGGUAGGCUAGCGGGAGUUCGCGCGUUUGCAAAACUAGGAAGAUCUUCGGCACUAUCUAGUAGGGCUUACAAGGAGGGAACAAAUCUGAUUUUAGGUUCAGUGGACGAUGAUAUUGUGACAACUAUGCUGAUUUCACUCUCUAUAAUUGCGUCCAGAUCAGCACUCUUGAUUUCUAGGCAGGUAGAUCUGCUUCUAACGUUUUUAAGCGAAGAUAAGUCAUUGUCACUAAGAGCAACAUCAUUAAGAUGUUUAAACAUCGUUUUAUCAAGAAGUCGGUUUCGUUUUUCUCCUCCUACAAAGCUGAUGACUGCAAUGUUCAACACAUUAAAUGAAGAACUUCAACCAGUGAUGCAACACGAUGCUGUUCAUAUUUUGUAUGAGAUCCUGAUGUCCAAGGUGUUAAGCAUCAAUAAUUCGGAAAUAAAUGAAUGUUUUACCAAGAUAUUAACCAUCGUCGAGACUGUAAUGCAAUCUCCAUCAAUAUCAAAUCGAAUCUUUGCCGUUCAUUUUCUAGCAAAUAUAUCUGUAAAGUUCACUAGAAAAAUAGACAUGACAUACGAUGGAAAUGAUAAAACUCUCGCAACCCAAGCGAUUUCAUUUCUCGUGGAUCGCAUCACUUUGCUGACAAACUCGGUUUUAAACCGUAAUCAACCCAACUUAGAAACGGAGCAAGAAAUUCAGAGCUUAUUUAGAACCAUCAAACUUUUGCUUCACAAAUGCCCUAAUCUCGGUGAGUUUGCGUUAACUAAGCUACAUCUUUUUGUCAAAUGCCUGUUGCAUAACGAUAAUGGAACGAUCGGGUCAAAGCUCGCGGUCUGUGUAUCAAAAGUGGUCAACUUGUGUCUAAAAAACACGGUGACAUAUGGAGCUUCGAGUAGCGAAAUCCGGAAUGUUGCGAGGCUUAUGAUUGAAGAUGUAUGUGGAUGCGGUUAUUUCAAUCACUAUGUGCACGUUAUCUAUCAUCUCCUGUUACUUAAAAAAACAGAAGAAUGCAAUACAGAUCAUGCGUACGUUAUCGAAAAUGAAAUUUUUGCACUUGAGAAAGCGAAGAAGCUUAUGGAAGUGAAAGACUAUUGGUCUGCUUACAAAGCUGGAAAAACCGCGUGUGUUCACGGGGCGUGGUUUACGGCGGCGUUUAUUUUUGGCGAAUUAUUGACAAUAGUUCGUUCUGAUUCCUGCCAUCAAUGGUUAACAUCUUUGACUUUAUUUGCGUAUUCAGAAAUAAAAAUCGUGUAUUGCAGCUCACCGAAAGAGCGGUCAACUUUGUUAAAUUGGUUAGUUGGUAACCGAUCUUCUUCUUUACCGAUAAUAGGAGUUUUAGGUGAAAUAAGCAAAACGACAGAUAACGAGAUAGAAAACCUCGAUGCGAUUCGUAAAAUUCUUCAGGUUUCAAAGGAAAUGCUGUCAGCGAAUGACGUCACGUCAAGUGGCCGACACUACUUCCAGAUUCAGUUCCUGGCUCUAAGGGCAAAUGUUAUAGAAAUUGCAGUUCACGUCUUUAAUGAAAUUAGCAAAGGGCAAAUCAGUCAUUUGCAACAUGGUGCAUCGUUGGUUCAACCACUUACACAACUAUCCACACGGUUAAUGAAAUUGGCACAUGGGUAUGAUUUAGUUGCCACAUCAUUUAUGAACAUGGACCCCACAAGUACAACCAUCAUUUCUGCUCAUGCGCUAAGUUGUUCAGUUUUGGCCUUUAUUACCAGAUUCUCGCUUUUCUUUCAGUUCGAAAAUGUUGAUUUACAGAGCGAUUUACACGCUAUGCUUAUAAACGAUCUAGUGGGUCGGCUUUGGUGUAUAGACCGGGAGACUAGCAAAGAGCUUUUGUUGCUUUUAAAGACUUGUAUUGGUCAACCUAAUAGCUGCGUUGGUCAACUGUCCAAAACUCAGAGGCUGGAAAAUACAUAUGAAGUAACAAGUAUUAUAAAGAGUUGUCGUAUUGCUGUCGAGAGAGUUGUUGACAUUCAAAAUGCGGCAAAAAGAAUGCAUGAAAAUGACGAUGAGAUUCAAUCGCAAAUAGUUAACGAUGGAUUGGAGCUUCUGCUAGAUGUUUUAAAGAAGUGGUUAAAUGUCUCUUUCAUGACGCCAACAUAUUUUUUCAGUUUAAGGCCUUGUGUAUCUUGCCAGCUGUUUGCCAUGAAUCGAGACUCUCAAAACGGUGCAAAGAUCUCUGUUCUGCUAGGACAUCAACUUCAUCUAGAUCUAUGUCUUCAAUUAAACGACGUUUUACCAGAAUCCCGAGCUAGGAUCACCAAACUUUAUUGCAUCCUUCAGUGUAAAAUAUCCUAUCGGCAACCUAGUCAAAGUCAAGACUGUAAAAGUCAAACAAAGAUCAAAAUUCAUGAUUGGGCAGAUGAUACCGUUUUAGAACUAAACGACAAGCUAAUCAAGUAUGUCAACAAGUGUGAGAAAGAUAUUACAGAAUCAGUAGUUUGCUUUAGACCUAAUGAAAAAGGCCAAGGGUACUCGACGUGCAUGCUUAAUGUUUCUAUGUUUCCUUUGGGUUCGUAUGAGAUUAAGUGGCGUGCUGGUUGUUUGGAUAUUGAUGGUUGUUAUUGGAGUCUGAAUUCUUCGAGUUCUGGUCCAGUUUUUACUGUACAAAAACCUUGUUAAAUGAGGUGAUUUGGGGGGGGGGGGGGGAUAUAUACUCAAAAAUUUGUAUACGAAAAUUACAUACUCUCCGCUACUUAAAAGCUUCGCCCAUGCGUCUAGUAA